CCCUCUCCUCCCUGCAGAGUCUGCUUGGUCUUCUUCGUCCCAUUCAAUAUAUGAAUGCAGCAUCGCCACCAAGCGGCGAGGAGUCGGCUCUGAUUCUGGACAUGCAUCCACAGCAGAGACUCAAAUGAAUGGUCAAUGUUACUCUUGAAAACUACAAGGGAAUCAGCAGAGAAGGAUGUGAGGGACUCAGAGAACCGGACUCCACUGGCUCAGGGCUUUUCACUGCUUUUCCUCAAGGAUCCAGAGAGUCCAUCUGUCUUAUCACGUUCCUCUGGCUGCUGCUCGUCAGAGUCAAGGCUUUGGCCUUGGAGUUGCUGGAUAAAGCGGGGCCCUGCAUUCUCUCUGUGCCCCCCCUCACUGCACCUGGCCCUGGCUGAAGCAGAGUCUCGGAGCAGACGCAUGGCGUGGUUUCUGUGCCUGUCUGUGGUCGUAGUUCUGGUCCUGGCUUUGGGAGUUCUGCUCUGGAGAGAGAGAGCGCGGGACGGACCCCAGGAGGCCCCCAGCCUGCCGGCCCUGCCCCUGCUCGGGAGCCUGCUGAGCCUGCGCAGUCCCCACCCUCCCCACCUGCUGUUCAAAGAGCUGCAGCAGAAAUAUGGACAGACCUACUCCCUGAGGAUGGGCCCCCACAAAGUCAUCAUUGUCAACCAUCACGCGCACGCCAGGGAGGUCCUGCUGAAGAGGGGGAGGACGUUUGCGGGACGACCCAGAACUGUGACCACGGAUGUGCUGACCAGAGAUGGCAAAGACAUCGCCUUUGGAGACUACAGCGCCACCUGGAGGUUCCACCGAAAGAUCGUGCAUGGAGCUCUGUGCAUGUUUGGAGAGGGCUCUGCGUCCAUCCAGAGGAUCAUCUGUGCAGAGGCCCAGUCGCUGUGCUCCAUCCUGUCGGAGGCGGCUGCCACCGGCCUGGCCCUGGACCUGUCCCCUGAGCUGACCCGGGCCGUCACCAACGUCAUCUGCUCGCUCUGCUUCAACUCCUCCUACAGCCGGGGCGACCCCGAGUUUGAGGCCAUGCUGCGCUACAGCCAAGGCAUUGUGGACACGGUGGCCAAGGACAGCCUGAUAGACAUCUUCCCCUGGUUACAGAUUUUCCCCAACGAGGACCUGCGCCUGCUGAAGCAGUGUGUGGCGGUUAGAGACCAGCUGCUGCAGAAGAAGUUUGACGAACACAAGUCAGACUACAGCGACCACGUUCAGAGGGACCUUCUGGACGCCCUGCUGAGAGCCAAGCGUAGCGCCGAGAACAACAACACCGCCGCAGAGUUCAGCGCCGAGGCGGUGGGCCUCAGUGACGACCACCUCCUCAUGACAGUGGGGGACAUCUUUGGGGCAGGAGUUGAAACGACCACCACUGUACUCAAAUGGGCCAUCACCUACCUGAUCCAUUAUCCAGAGGUGCAAAAGCAAAUUCAGGAGGAGCUGGACAGGAAGGUGGGGGCGGACCGCCCCCCCCAGCUCAGUGACCGAGGCAGCCUCCCCUUCCUGGAGGCCACCAUCAGGGAGGUGCUCCGGAUCCGGCCCGUGGCCCCCCUGCUCAUCCCCCACGUGGCGCUCAGUGACACCAGCAUCGGAGAGUUCACAGUGAGAAAAGGAACCAGGGUCGUCAUCAACCUGUGGUCUCUGCACCACGAUGAGAAGGAGUGGACCAACCCCGAGCUCUUCAAUCCAGGUCGGUUCCUGAGCGCCGACGGCUCCAGCCUGACCCUCCCCUCAUCCAGCUACCUGCCGUUCGGGGCCGGGCUCCGGGUUUGUUUGGGGGAGGCUUUGGCUAAAAUGGAGCUUUUCCUCUUCUUGUCCUGGAUUCUGCAGCGCUUCUCGCUCUCCGUCCCAUCGAGUCAGUCGCUCCCUAGUCUGGAGGGGAAGUUCGGCGUGGUCCUGCAGCCAGUCAAGUACGCAGUAAAAGCCACCCCCAGACUGGGCUGGGACCGACCGAGCUGCCACUCCGGGUUAUUCCCUGCAGAUCCUUGAGGAGCGUCUAAGAUCGCUCCGCUGCUCCAGGAAGGACUGAUGGAGUUUGACUGGAUCUGCUGUUGUUUUCAGUGAAUGAACAAAGACCUCACCUUCCUCCCAACAAUCUGACAAACGAUAUAGUUUCAUAAGAGGCUGCUUUCCGCAGGAAGCAAUUUUCCACUGACCCCCUUGUUAAAAAAGCCAAUUUUACCCUGAAAACAACUUCUGUGUAUCAAAGUCACCGCAGCAUUCUGACAGUCCUGUGUGUCAAAGUUUAGAUUUACACGUUCAAAUCUUGUCACUGCCUUGUUGAUGCUUUCCAAACUUUUUCCUCUGAACUCAUUCUGUUGUGAUGCAGCAGAAGAGGAGCUUUGAGGAAAACGUGGCUGAAAAACUCAGACUAAAUGACAGAAGCAGAUUCAUGGAUUCUGAAGGUCAGGAGAGAUGUGUCAGAGGAGAGCAGUGGUCUGAUGUGAGGAAGGGGAAGACGAUGAGGACAGAUCCUCCAGCAGCCUCAGGGCCCUCACACAACACACACGUAGGCUGUCUCGUUGUCCAUGUGACCCCAAAGUUCUGCUCUUUUGGUGGCUGUGAUUUCUCUGCUGCUGGAAUUGUCCCAUGAGGGCCUCCAUCCGCUCUGCAGAGCUGUGCCACGGCCCCCUGGCUCUAGAACAGGAUGGAGGUACUGUGAGUGAACCCCGCCACACCUGCAACUGCUUAUGGGUGGAGCCAGGGGCGGAGCUGUCAGCACCACCUGUGCUGUGCUGAGAGGCCGCAUGUUAAGCCCUGCCUCUUUGAAGGGAGGAGACUGGCAGCUGAAGGCUCCGCCCCCAUUCCACUUCAACAACCAGGAAUCCUGCAGUGAGAAGAGCUGUGUUUGGAAAAUGUGGAACUGUGAGCUCUGAUGUUCAUUAAAUACCAUUGGAUUUAAA